CGCUGCCGCUGCUGCUCUACUAGAGUUUGCUGCCCUACUUCACUCUACUUUAGUUUCACUCACUUUACAUCCGGGUUUUUUCCCUAGGCAAUGGGUGCCGCAGCACAGCCCGUUCCUUAGGCAAAGGGAAAUAAAUUCGCUGCACCGACACGUCAAGUAGUCCCUCAGGAGGAGCCUUGAGGCGCCCCCUCCUCCUCCCGAGGAGGCCGGCCGCCCCUCCUCCCUCACUCAUAGGGGGAGAGGGGUGGGGGGAGAGGGAAGGGGGAGCCCGCCGCCCCCUCCGCUUUUGUCCCCUCCCUCGUCUCCUCCUCCCCCCCCACUCCACCCGCUCGCUCCGAAGAGCGGCCGGAGUAGCUGUAUGUGUGUGUGUGAGGGAGGGAGGGAGAUAGCUAGAGAGAGAGAGGGGAGUUGUGUCGGGGGCGCGCGCAAGCCUCGAGUCGGGAGCGCGCGCCUCCGGCAGGCCAGGCGAAAGCAAAGGAAAGGAAAGCGAAGGGAGGCCGGUGGCGGAGUGAUCCAGGCGUGCGGGUGCUGCGGCCGGGCCGGGUGAAUGGGAUUGAAGAAGAGUUCAGCUUCUCGGCUUGUUUUUGUGUCACAGUUUCUCUUCUCCUGCGCCUCUUCUGCCUCGUUCCUUUCUUCCUGCCCGCCCCCUCCUCCCUGCUGCAGGAGGAGCCCCCCGGGGAGAGGGGAAGGAACAGGACCCCUCAGAGGAGAGGGAGAAGAGGAAAAGCAGGAGCAGGAGGAGGAGGAGGAGGAGGUGGAGGAAAAGGGAGCAACCAGCCAACCAACCAUCUUCCACUCCCAGCUUAGAUUAAAGAAAGUGAGAGGAGGAGGAGGAGGAGGAGGAGAGGAGAGGAGCCGAGAAGAGGGGGACAGGGAGGCCCGGAGGAGCAGCUGCACCACCUUCUUCUCCCUAUGAAGAGGAGUCUCCCCCCCUCCAAGAGAGGUCCUGCCAGGGGGGGCCCGGCCAGACAGCGGCGGCAGCGGCAGCAGCAACAUCACCACCACCAGCAGGGGGGGAAACAGAGCUGAAGAGAAUACUUGUUUUCCAAAACUGCUGCAGCGUAAAAAACAGAAUAUUUCCUUUACUCUGAAGCAAGUGUCUGAAGGUGGUGGGGAUUUAGUAACCUCAACAGCUCAAGAAAGUGGAGAAGGUAGAGAAUGGAGUUGCAGACUCUACAGGAGGCUCUGAAAGUGGAAAUUCAGGUUCACCAGCAUCUUUGUCACUUUCAAACAAGAAAGAUGGAUAGAAACGAAAACAGAAAGAAAGAAAGCUGCAAAUCUUCUAGCAAGUGACUGUGGGGUGAUGAAAAAUGCAUCUCAGGUUUAUUUUGUCCAUUCCUGCAAUUUUGAAAUUGGUUGCCCAAAUGAAGCAGGAUCCACAGAAUGCUGAUCUGAAGAAACAGCUUCAUGAACUCCAAGCCAAAAUCACAGCUUUGAGUGAGAAACAGAAAAGAGUGGUUGAACAGCUGCGGAAGAAUUUGAUGGUAAAGCAGGAACAGCCGGACAGUAAGUUUCAAAUACAACCAUUGGCACAGUCAGAAAAUAAAAUACAAACUCCACAGCCACUACAGCUACAGCAGCAGCAAACUACUGCAGCCUCUCCAAACCUGCUUGGAUCACAGAAGACGGUAACUACAGCUUCUAUGAUCACCACUAAGACACUACCUCUUGUCCUGAAAGCAGCAACAGCAACCAUGCCUGCCUCCGUUGUGGGUCCAAGACCUACAAUUGCCAUGGUGACUGCCAUCAAUAGCAACCAGAAAACUGUCCUUAGCACUGAUGCACAGAACACGCCAGUCAACCUCCAGACAACAAAUAAAGUCACUGGUCCAGGAACAGAGGCAGUUCAAAUAGUGGCAAAAAAUACAGUCACAUUGCAGGUUCAAGCUACACCUCCUCAGCCCAUCAAAGUGCCACAGUUCAUCCCUCCUCCCAGACUCACACCUCGUCCAAAUUUUCUUCCACAGGUUCGACCUAAACCUGUUGCCCAGAACAACAUUCCUAUCGCCCCUGCCCCACCUCCUCCUAUGCUCGCUGCUCCUCAGCUUAUUCAGAGGCCUGUGAUGCUGACAACAAAAUUCACACCCACCUCCUUACCUUCCUCUCAGAAUUCCAUACACCCAGUCCGUGUAGUGAAUGGGCAAACAGCAACCAUAGCCAAAACUUUUCCAAUGGCACAACUCACCAGCAUUGUUAUAGCAGCCCCAGGUACCAGGCUUGCUGGACCUCAGACUCUACAAAUCAGCAAACCAAAUGUUGAGAAACAGACUAUCAAGCCCCAAGCGGAAACAGAGGAGAAGCCAACAGAGAUUCAUACAGUUGCUCCUCCUGCACCACCCAAACCAAAACGAGAAGAAAACCCACAGAAACUUGCCUUCAUGGUGUCUCUUGGACUGGUUACACACGACCAUCUAGAAGAAAUACAAAGUAAGCGACAAGAAAGGAAACGAAGGACAACAGCAAAUCCAGUGUACAGCGGAGCUGUCUUUGAGCCUGAGCGCAAGAAGAGCGCAGUCACAUACCUGAACAGCACAAUGCAUCCUGGGACACGUAAACGAGGUCGUCCACCUAAAUACAACACGGUGCUGGGGUUUGGGGCUCUGACCCCCACAUCCCCUCUGUCCAGUCAUCCUGACUCCCCUGAAAAUGAAAAGACAGAGACCACAUUUUCUUUCCCCGCAACUGUUCAUCCUGUGUCCCUGCCCAGCCCCAGCUCCACAGACGGUGAUAUCCAUGAAGAUUUUUGCAGUGUUUGCAGGAAAAGUGGGCAGUUGCUGAUGUGUGACACGUGCUCACGUGUGUAUCACUUGGACUGUCUGGACCCACCUCUGAAAACUAUUCCCAAGGGCAUGUGGAUCUGUCCCAAAUGUCAAGACCAGAUGCUCAAGAAAGAAGAAGCAAUCCCGUGGCCAGGAACUUUAGCAAUUGUUCAUUCAUAUAUUGCAUACAAAGCAGCAAAAGAAGAGGAAAAACAGAAAUUACUGAAAUGGAGUUCAGAUUUAAAACAGGAAAGGGAGCAGCUAGAACAGAAAGUCAAACAGCUCAGCAAUUCUAUAACAAAAUGUAUGGAAAUGAAGAACACCAUCCUGGCAAAACAGAAGGAAAUGCACAGUUCAUUGGAGAAGGUAAAACAGUUAAUUCGCCUCAUCCAGGGCAUCAACCUUUCAAAACCCAUAAACUCUGAGGGCAGUUCCGUCGCCAUCUCCAAUGGCAUGGACUCUACCAAUAGCGCAAAGGCUGCCGCCGCCUCCACCCCAGCCUCUUCCCCCUCCCAGAGCUGCAUGGUGAACUGUACCAAGGGCGACGAGACUAAAUAACAUAGCACAGGAAGAAGGAGCCGGGGGAGAUGGCGGCGAGGCAGAAGAGCAAAACAAUAAAACUCUAGAAAAGAAAAGCUGGAUUUCUUCUGGAAAGCGCAGAACUCUUUGGUUCCAGAAAGAGUGCGAAGAGGCUUGUGCCAGGCGGCACCAGAGUUGCCAAUCGAUCCUCCUUAUUCUGUGUGUACGUGCAAAGUUUGGACCAUGUUACAUGAAUAGUGCCAGCUGGAGGUUCUUUGCCAGCACCAUGCCAAGUUAAAUAAUAUAUUUACUCUCUCUCUCUCUCUUUCUCUCUUUUACACCAGUGUGUGCCUGCAGCAGCCUCCACAGCCACUCUAGGUUUGUUUUGUUUUUGUUUUUAUUUGGGGGUGGGGAGCAGGGAGGAGGAGCAGGUUUCAAAUCUUAUCUGCAGACCAGUUUGUUUAGCUAAGGAAACUUCAAGUCCAAAGAGCCUGUGGGCUUUUCCUGUUUCUGAAUUCUCCGUACUACUAAACCAAAAAUCCAGAAAUAUGAAUUAACAAGUCCUAGGGUCCAGAGGGGUGGGGUGGUGGGAGUGGGGACCAAGCCUAUCCAAUAAGCAGUAUUCACUAUUGUUUUGACAGGAGAGACAAAAAGGAAUGGGGAAGGGUUUUUCACUAAGUAUCUAGUGCACACUCAGGCUGGGGAUUACUAGAUUGGCAGCUUUGGGUUUAUCCACUUUUUUUUCCAAAUAGACAAGUGAAAUAAAUUGCUGGUUUGGGCAUCACAUUGGCCCAGGAAGCUUUUGCUGAGGAAGAGGAGAAGGGAGGGGGACUAAUAUAAUCAGCCUGGGGUUUCAGAAAAGCGGGUCACAACUGAAUUGAAAAUUCCAACUUUUUUUUUUUUGUACACUUGUCAAGCAAAAGUGAUAUUCCAAACAGUACAGCACAUGUCCCAAACAUAUGGCCCAAAUAGUAAAAAAAAACAAAAAAAAUUAAAAUGCCUGUUUCCUUUGUUUCCUUUCUCUUUUGGUUACAAAUGUAAGGAAUAGAAAAGCUGUUUUUUUCAGGCUGACAGUCCGAUUAAAGAGGUAGAUGGGACCUUGCAUGGUAUAGAUUAGAAGUAAUAGUGUCAGUGAGAUACAGUGAGUCUUUGUGAGUCCGUGUGUCAUCGUUUUGGGCACUGUUUUUUAUGCAAGGGCAAAAUCUUUGUAUCUGGGGGAAAAACAACUUUUUUAAAUUAAAAAAGAAAAAAGAUAUUGAGGUCUUCCUAGUGUUACUUAAAAAUAAGAUCAAGGUAAGAAACAUUGUAAAAAUUACAAAAGUGCUAUUUGUUUCCUAAACAAGUGAUUUCUAUUAAAAAGGUGUCAGAACUGGAGAAAAUGCUGUGUACUUAGAAUUUUUUAACACAGGUUUUGCUUAUGAUGUUGCCAUUCUGCUGUGUUUCUGUUUGAAAAAUGCCUUGGGGGUGAGUGUCGAGAGAUUGUCAUGCCAUUCAAAUAGCCUGUGGGGUUGAACUGCAUCCAAUCUGCAAACCAUCCUCCAACUGGUGGAAUCUCUCCUCUGUUAAGCUCUCCUAAUUAACUCUUGUGCCUAAAA